CGCUAGUGCCUUUAGUAUUUUUUUUUUCCUCUUUCACAAGAGACAUUUCUAAGCUAGACUACAGAGUGACAUGACCCUCUCCCUUCUCUCUCCCACUACUUCACAAAUCACCUUAUCAUCUUUCCUCUAAAAGAUUUUGUUAGUAUUCAAAGAACCAACUCUUCUCUCAUCAUAAUUAUUCAAAGUUCAAACCUUUAAACUCUUUUGUAGUGUUUAAUUCAACCAAAAUAUAUUAUAUCAUCUCAAAGUUAUGGACACUACUACUCAUCAUCAUCAUCAUCAUCAUCAGAAUCUAGCAACAGAGAAGAAAUCUUGGGAAACCAAACAUGGUAGUACAACAUCAACAACAACAACUACUACUACUUGUGUUCAAGGAAUCAAAGAAGUUAAAUCACUGUCAUCAUCAUCAUCAUCAUCAUCAAUUAAUAACUCUUCCAAAAAACAGGUAACAAUAUCAUCUCCUGUCUCACCACCUUCAUCUUCAUCCUCUCCAUCACAUGAAUUCUCCUUCACUAUUUCUCUCUCCACAAAUAAUAAUAAAGCCACAACUUCUUCUUCUACUACAAAGACUAAUAAUAGUUAUAACAAUAACAAUAACAAUAAUAAUUCUUCAUUCGCCGUCGACUUGUCUCCGGCCGACGACAUAUUCUUCCAUGGUCAUUUACUCCCUCUCCACCUUCUUUCCCAUCUUCCAAUCUCUCCUAGAACUUCCACUAACUCCAUGGAUAGUUUUACUCUUCCCAUUAAGGAGAUUUCAUCAUCUUCAUCCUCCUCAAUAAUAAUGGAGCAUCAAAAACAGAGCAAAGAUGUCUCUGCAACCGCCAUUACCAACGAAGCAGCAGGAGGAGGAGGAGGAGGAGGAAGAUCAUCAUCAAACAAGCCGGGCAACAAGUCUUUUUCGCUUUUCGGGCUAUCGAAAUGGAGAAAUAAUAAAGGGCAGCAGUUAAAUAGAAAUAAUAAUAAUAAUAAUAAUAAUAAUAUGGGUGAUGGUAUUAUUGAGGAUGAUAUUGAGGAGAAGAAGAGGUCAUCUAAGGUGAAAUUCGAACUGAUCAGUCAGGUAAUCAAAAGGUACAUGAGAAUGGUGAGGAGGCCACUGUUGUUUUCCAAGGCUAGAAGAGAUAAUGAUGAUGAGAUUAGUAAUAUCGAAUUACGUAGGCAGCCACACUCUUUCUCUGGUGUUUUGAAUAAUAAUAAUAAUAGUAAUAGUAAUAAGAUGAUGAUGAUGAGAGGAAGAAGAGGAGAGUUUUCGGCGCCGGCAUCGAUGUGGACUUCGCCGACCAAUAGUGGCCCCCUUGUGGCGAUGCCUCCUCCUAAUAAUACUGCUAAUGAUAGUUCCAUGGAAGAGUUGCAAGCAGCCAUUCAAGCAGCUAUUGCUCAUUGCAAGAAUUCCAUUAGUAAUAAUAAUGCUACAAAUAAUAAUAAUAAUAAUGUAGUCAAAUGUUAGCAUUUCCCUAUUAAUUAAUUAUAAUUGGACUACUAGAGAGUUGUAGUAAUAAUGGUAGUAUUGAUUUUAAAAUUAUUUGUUGUACUGUUUUAAUUAAUUUUGUAUAAAAUUUGCAAUGUUAUUAUUCUAUUA